AUGUUCGCCAAUACUAUUAGGGCUGCCCUUAGACAGAACACUAGAAUGUUGGCCAUUCCAGCCACAAGAGCUGCCAUUCCUGCUUUCAACAACAGUGCCAGACUCUUUGCUGUGAGAAAUUAUUCUGAUCAUGAUGAUGAGACCUUUGAGGAAUUUUCCGUUAGAUACGAGAAGGAAUUUGAAGAGGCAUACGAUUUGUUUGAGGUUCAGAGAGUCUUGAAUAAUUGCUUCUCAUACGAUUUGGUUCCUUCUCCUUCUGUGAUCGAGAAGGCAUUGAGAGCUUGCAGAAGAGUCAACGAUUAUGCUACUGCUGUUAGAGUCUUUGAAGGAUUGAAAAACAAGGUCGAAAACCCUCAACAAUAUAAGGCUUACCUAGAUGAACUAAAAGAUGUUAGAGAAGAACUUGGUGUUGAUUUGAAGGAGGAGUUAUUCCCAGAACAGGCUUAA